AGUUUUUUUUUCUUCAAUCUUGUAUUGUUGUUGUUGUGUCGGGGUAGGGUGAGUGAGAGUUUCUCAUUCAUCUCAUUUCAUUACUCAUUACUCUCUUUCUCUCUCUCAUAUAUACAAUUUCCUUUUACCCUUCUUUAUCCCUCACACACAUAACAUAAAUACUUACACCAACACAAACUUAACUUAGCCACAUUAUGAGAACCAGAAGAGGCCUCUCUUAUCCUUCACUCUCAACAACCAUGUCUUCCGACCUCAUCGUUUCCACAAAACGCUACAAAAGAAAAUCACCCCACAACUUCUUUCACUCUCUCCCCGACGACCUCGUACUCUCCAUCCUCUGCAAACUCACCUCCACCGCCACUUCCCCUUCCGAUUUCAUUAGCGUUUUAAUAACGUGCAAGAGACUAAACUCUUUAGGCCUUCACUCUCUGGUGUUAUCAAAAGCAUCCCACAAAACAUUCUCAGUCAAAGCAAAAAACUGGUGCGACGGCGCCCACCGUUUUCUCAAGCACUGCGCGGACGCCGGAAACAUUGAAGCGUGUUACACUCUCGGCAUGAUUCGGUUUUAUUGUUUGCAGAACCGAGGGAGCGGCGCGUCGCUGUUGGCAAAGGCGGCGAUUCACUCCCACGCGCCAGCGCUGUACUCGCUCGCGGUGAUUCAGUUCAACGGGAGCGGAGGCACGAAAAGCGACAAGGACCUACGCGCGGGAGUGGCGCUGUGCGCACGCGCAGCGUUCCUCGGUCACAUCGACGCGCUUCGCGAGCUUGGGCAUUGCUUGCAAGACGGUUACGGCGUUAAGCAGAACGUAACGGAGGGGCGGCGCUUUUUGGUGCAGGCCAACGCGCGUGAACUUGCCGCGGUGCUCUCUGCCGCGACUGGGAAGCGCCCCUGGCUGACGUGGACGCUCCACCCGCGGGUCAGGUCUCCUACCGGGUCAGGUUGUCCGCUUUUAAGUGAUUACGGUUGCAACGUGCCGGCGCCGGAAGCCCACCCCGCGAGCCGGUUUAUGGCGGAGUGGUUCUCCGACCGGGUCAGGUCACCGGGUCCGGGUAUGAGGCUUUGUUCUCAUUCGGGUUGCGGGCGACCCGAGACGAGGAAGCACGAGUUUCGAAGGUGUUCCGUGUGUGGCGCGGUAAAUUAUUGUUCACGCGCUUGUCAAGCGCUUGAUUGGAAGUUCCGGCACAAGGCGGAGUGUGCCCCCGUGGAGCGGUGGCUGGAUGACGACGGCGAAGACGCUGCCAGUGAUGACGGCGGCGCGGUCGGUGAGGGUUUAUGAUGGUUAAUUGUUAAGACUGCAUGCUUGGGAGUUUCAACGGGUAUGAAUCUAUUUUUUAUUUUACAAGAGGUAAAAGUAAAAUGUGUAAAAGAAAGAGAAAAAAAAAAAUCUCAUUUAUUACCAUGGCCCUGCAUAGUGCAAAUUACAAUGACAGGGUGUUGCGUUUUUCUUUGUUUCUUUUUUUUUGUUGUAUAGAAGGGUAAAUUAAUUCUCCUGAAAAAACAAAAAUGAUGGGAGUUAAUUUUUUUGUUUAGUUAUCUAUUGUUAGUUUGGUCAAUAGAGCAACUAUCAUCCUUGAUUAAUUGUUAAUUCCGGUUAAUUAAGAUAUAUUCACUCUUUUAUGUUCUUA